AUGGAGGGUCUCCGGGCUACUCGGCAACUGGAUCUUUUCAUGUCACUGAAGAGAGACAUGGUUAUGGCGAAGAAGGCUCGCGAAGAUCUGAACAGUGAGGCUCAGUCCCGCCUCGCUACUGAGAAGGCUACCGACACCCUUAGGCUGGAAAAGGAUCGCCUGGGUAGUGAAGUGAAGGAGGCACAAAAGGCUCGCGCUAGCGCCGAAGCCGGAUUUAAGACCACUACCAAGCAAGCUGAGGAUCUGCGCCAACAGCUCCAUCUGUCCGAGAUAAACCUCGCGACAGAGAAGCAGAUGGUCUCAGAUCUUAAGGCCGAGCUAUCAAAGGCCAAGGAGGCGGCUCGCGUGGCCAGGGAGGCGGCCGAGGCAGCGGUGGCAACCUCAUAUGAACGUGGAGUUAGGGAUACCGAGGUUAGGCUGAUCGAGGAGGUGGCUACCGUAUGUAGGGAUUACAUCACUAUGUCUUGGGGGGUAGCCUUGGAUCGAGCGGCAGUUCCAGCAGACUCCGAUCUCAGGAAAGUUGAGAAUAUCUUCUUUCCAGAAGAUAUUCGUGAGAUUCCGGACUUGGUUCCUCCUGAGGAGCCCCUCCCUGGGAAAGCCACAACCUCGGAUUCCCAUAUACUUGAAGCUGAGGAGACGCAACCGGCUGCAAAGGACAAAUCGCCCGAGGACAGUCUCACAAUCAGGGAUGUUGUCGCACAAGCAAAGGAGGCCGUUCUGGAACCCCAGGCAGGAAAUGAUCAACUUGAGCCUACUCAGGGCUAA